CCAAAGCACAAGAUGAGGCCCUGCCUCGCCUUCCUUCAAGUCCUUGUUUUCCUCCUCAGCCCACCUGCAGGGGCUGCAGAGGAUUUGGGGCUUUCGGGAACCUUGGCCUCUUACCCCAAUCCCAGCUCCUCACCUCUCAGUAAGGUCACCUCUGACUUCGUCUCUGGCUCUGGCUCUGGCUCCAGAUUCAGGGCAGCCAGUGGCGGCAGCUUCGGAUAUGGUUAUAGCUCCGGAUCUCAUUCUAGCUCUGGGACCCAGUUCUCCAAUUUCACUGGCUCCCGGGAUGACCGCGGGACCUGCCUGUGCUCCGUGGCCCUGCCAGACACUGCCUUUCCGGUGGAGAGGGUGGAACACUUGGAAAGCACCGCUCUCACUCUCUCCCAGAAGUUUGAGAGAGAGCUUUCUAAAGUGAAGGAAUAUGUCCAAUUAAUCAGUAUCUAUGAAAAGAAACUUUCAAACCUAACUGUUCGGGUAGAGAUCAUGGAAAAAGAUACCAUUUCUUAUACUGAAUUGGACUUUGAGCUCAUCAGGCUAGAAGUGGAGGAGAUGAAGAAACUGAUCAUUCAGCUGAAGGGCAGUUUUGUUGGAAGCUCAGAUAUUAUUGACCAGCUGGAAGUAGAGAUAAGGAAUAUGACUCUCCUGGUAGAGGUGCUUGAGACACUGGACAAAAACAAUGUCCUUACUAUUCGCCGAGAAAUUGCGAUUCUGAAGAAAAAGCUGAAGGAAUGUGAGGCCUCUAAAGUCGAAAAUGUCCCUGUUGCCCUACCUCGUCCCGCUCCAGGGAGCUGUGCUCAUGGUGGUGUGGUGAACAUCAGCAGACCUGCUAUAGUUCAGCUCAACUGGAGAGGGUUUGCCUUCAAGUAUGGCGCCUGGGGUCGGGAUUACUCUCCCCAGAAUCCAGACAAAGGGCUGUAUUGGGUGGCGCCUUUAAAUACAGAUGGGAAACUCUUGGAAUAUUACAGACUCUAUAAUACACUGGAUGAUCUACUAUUGUAUUUAAAUCCCCGAGAGUACCGGAUUUUCUAUGGUCAGGGUGGUGGUACAGUAGUUUACAAAAACAACAUGUAUGUCAACUGGUACAACUCCCGCACCAUUGCCAAAGUUAACCUGACUACCAACACAGCUGCUGUGACUCAAACUCUCCCUGAUGCUGCCUAUAAUAACCGCUUUUCAUAUGCUAAUGUUGACUGGCAAGAUAUUGACUUGGCUGUAGAUGAGAAGGGAUUGUGGGUGAUUUAUGCAACUGAAGCCAGCACUGGUAACAUGGUGAUCAGUAAACUCAAUGAUACCACACUUGUGGUGCUAAACACUUGGUAUACCAAGCAGUAUAAACCAUCUGUUUCUAACGCCUUCAUGGUAUGUGGGGUUCUGUAUGCCACCCGUACUCUGAACACCAGAAAAGAAGAGAUUUUCUACUACUAUGACACAAACACAGGGAAAGAGGGCACACUAAACAUUAUAAUGCACAAGAUGCAGGAAACUGUGCAGAGCAUUAAUUAUCAUCCUUUUGACCAGAAACUUUAUGUGUAUAAUGAUGGCUACCUUCUAAAUUAUGAUCUUGUCUUUGAGCAGGAACCUGUCUAAACUGUUUAGGUGUUAGGGUGAGAGAGAAAUAAAAUGUUAGUUGAAAAAAUGGUAUUCUCCACUUUUUUAGAGACUUGCAGGGGUGAUUAAGAGUAUAUUCGCCUAGUACUAAUAUUUGUGAGCAUAAUUCUACCACACUAGAGACCUAAGAUAUUUGCCCUGAUUUGAUGAGUUUUCUUGAAAGCCCCCUGCCUCCUGGGAUGCAUUUCCCUAGUGAAAUAAGGUCCUUCCAGGGUGUGAUUGUCAGGGGUCCAGGGACAUUAUGAAUCCAAGAAAGCCUUCAGUGAGGUGACAUCUGGAAAUUAAGAAACUUAAAGAGAACUCUAUAUGGCUUCUAGGGAUACUUUUUACAGGUAAGAGAGCUCAAUGACCAUUCUCCUCCAUGUAGCCUGACUAAUUCUUCCAUACCUGAAUGAAACCUGGAGCCUAAUUAGGUAGAUUAAUACCUGAAGCUUCUUGAAGAACAAAAUCUCUAACUUUGUUUUUCUUGCUGGCAUCUGAAAUGAUGUUUUGUAUGGAGCAGAUAAGUAAAUUUAGUGUGUUUGUAUUUUAUCUGUAAAAUGUACUGAGUUUUUUGGAGAAAGCCCCUUUUAUAUAUUAAACUGUACAUUGCAAAUCAACCCCAUAUGGAUCUGGAAAUGAGGCACUGGAUUAUUUUUUCCUUAUUGUCUACUUAUAUAAGGAUCAGCAGAACCCUCCUAUUUUACUACUUCAUCCCAAGGAAGCUUAGAAAAUUGGAAACAGAUUUACCAACCAAUUUUCCCCACCUUCUUCCUACCUACUGCCUUUUAUACAAAUUAGCUGGUUUUUCUAUGGAAUGGAUAUAAAUGAAGUUACUUUUUUUCUCAUCAUGAACUUUUGCUUACAUGACUCAAAGACUGUAACAAAAUCACACAGCAGUAAUAGAAUGACAGCAUUUCUUGUUAUAUAACAAAGCCCUUACAGCAUUUGUGACUUGUGUGAGGUCAUGCAAUUAUUUCAUGCAAUUUUUGUCUUUGUUUAAGAUCGAAACUUGUAAUAAAAUAAAAUAAAAAAUUUUGAGGGAGAAAUAUAGACAACCUGCAGCAGGUACUUCGUAAAUCAAUGCAGUUUGAACAGCUUGUAGUUGUAUGCGCUUCUGUGCUUUUGAAGGCUUUAUCAUCUGGUCAUGGUCUAUUUUCCUUUAGUGCUCUCGAGUACUGUUGCAUAGAGUUGGCUCCUUCAAUGCUGUACUCUUCCCCUUUUAAUAAAUGAUUAAG